CAUCAAAUCAUAGUAUUACAAAUAUAAAAAAUAGCAUGAAGUUAUUAAUUGUACUCGCUUUGGCAGUAGCCACCGUUAGUGCGGGCAGUGUUGAUUUUAUUCCUCAACCUGGGUUCCCAGAGGGUCGCAUCACUAAUGGCCAACAAGCAGCGAAAGGAGAAGCUCCUUUCAUUGUUUCUUUAAAAAGUGGUUCCCACUUCUGCGGUGGCAGUAUUAUUGACGAACACUGGGUAUUGACAGCUGCUCAUUGCUUGAUUUAUAACAAUUUCCAAGUUGUUGCUGGUUUACAUCAACGUAACGAUGAAUCUGACGUUCAAAUUCGUCAAGUUUUGGGCAAGUCUUACCGCGGUGUUGGUCCCAAUGAUAUUGGUCUCAUAUAUAUUGCUGCCCUAAAUGCUUUAGCUCGUGAUGGCUCUGCUCCCGUUGGAAAGAUUAACUUGCCUUCUGGCAAGUAUGAACAAACUGGCAAGGGAAAAUUAUACGGUUGGGGUCGUGACAACUAUGGUGUUUUGCCCAACACUUUGCAAACCUUAGAUGCUGAUAUCAUUGGUUAUACUCAAUGUAAAUCUGCCUUGCCUAGCUCUGCUCCCAUCGAUCCCGUUAACAUUUGUUCCUACACUGCUGGCACCACGGAUGGCGCUUGUAACGGUGACUCUGGCGGUCCUUUGGUACGUUACACUGCUUCUGGUGCAGAAAUUGUUGGUAUUGUUUCAUGGGGAUAUACUCCAUGUGCCACAACAAAAUACCCAUCGGUAUACACCAUGACCUCGGCCUUCAACGAUUGGAUUCAAAAUACUAUUGAUAAUUUCAAUGCUCAUAAUGUAGACAUGUCUAACUAAGUAUUUAAAUAUGAAAAUUAAAUAAAUAUGUGAAAUGAACUAUA